CUUCUAGAAUCACCAUAGAUAUUCAUCCCCACUUGACGUUUACAGUCACCCUCUUAGUUCAGAGCCUUCCCACAGCCCUUGCUGCACUCAAUUGAUUUGAGCACUCUACUACAGCCAUGUUCAGGUCUCAAGUUUUCCGUCAAGUCGCUCGCGCGGCCCGAGCCCAAGCUCCCCGUUCAGCGUUCCGACCAGCACAGCCAGCCAUUUCCUCGCUGCGACACUUCACUUCAUCGCCUAGCCGCUUCGACAAAGACCCCAACAACGAUGAGGUCGAUGCGGCAACAACAUCGGGUGAGCCUGGUGAGAGUGGAGACCACGAGGGUCAGUAUGCUCGAACCCGAGACGACAUUGUCGUAGAAUACCCGGAAGAAAAGGACCUGCCACCUUCAAAUCCCGUCGUGGGCCGAGGAGGAGAGCAUUUCAAGCGCACCCUGGCCUCCUUCUCCAUGGAAGGCAAGGUAGCCGUCGUCACCGGCGGAGCUCGAGGUCUCGGUUUGGUCAUGGCGCAGGCGUUGGUGACCUCCGGAGCCGAUGUAGCCAUUGUCGACAUGAACAAGGAAGAGGGUGAGCGGUCAGCGAAGGGUCUCCUCGAUAUCUUCAAGAAGGAGAAUCCUGGAUCCAGGAGAGUCCCCAAGGUUACAGCACAUUUCUGCGAUGUCUCGAGUCCUACGUCUGUCAACCAAUCCUUUGCUGAGAUUCUGAAGAAGCACGGCAAGGUUGAUAACCUUGUUACAUCGGCUGGCUUCACCGAGAACUACGACGCCAUCUCUUACCCUCAUGACCGCAUACAGAAGCUUUGGGGAGUCAAUGUCGACGGUACCUACCUGUACUCUGUCGCUGUCGCGAAGCAUCUCAUGGAGAGGAAGGCACCGGGAAGCAUUGUCAUGAUCGGCAGCAUGUCGGGAGCCAUAGUCAACGUUCCGCAACCACAGGCUCCAUACAACGCCGCCAAAGCAGCUGUCCGACAUCUAGCAUCCAGUCUGGCGGUUGAAUGGGCUGGUGCUGGCAUUCGCGUCAACUGCAUCUCGCCUGGAUACAUGCUCACUGCGCUGACCAAGAAGAUUCUCGACGACAACCCGGAUCUCCAGAAGCAGUGGACUUCUCUGAUCCCCGUUGGUAAGAUGGGACGUCCCGAGGAUCUGAUGGGAGCUGUCACUUUCUUGUCUAGUGACGCGAGUUCCUACGUCACUGGUGCCGAUCUCCGAGUCGACGGAGCUUACACAUGCACAUAAGCC